AUGCUCUUGCGCGACGAGAUGGGCUUCUCUCAGAGAAUAGACAACAACGGAUCCUUUUUACUCCGUUUUCUCUACGCAUUACUGUUAAUAGCAAGCUCAGAUAUCUUCGGCGUUUAUGCUGUCCCGGAAUCAACGAGCCCCAACGUCGACAAUGACGAAUUAUAUACUCCAGCCGCCAGCAGUCCGGCCUCGGCCAGCACUGAGGUCGCCAGCUACCAGCAACAAGCCCUGCUAAAUGGCAACUUGCACUAUGGCUCAGAAGCAAUCGAAAAUAUCCUCCCACACCACAUGUUCCGGAACAAGAACGUCGCGGUGAUCAUGGAGACGAAUCCUGCAGGAGUGCCAUCGCUGAUCCCCAUCAUACUGCAUUUCUCCUCAACGCUGGGUCCCGACUGGCCCAUCAUCCUCCUGACGCUCCAGGUCAAUUGGGAAAUGCCAGCCUCGCCGGACUUCAGGCAACUAUACGAAGCGCGUCGAGUCAUCGUGCUGUUUAUACCGCCGGACACGACGUUCCCCGACCACACGUCCGUGACGGUUUUCAUGGUCCGCCCUUGGUUGUGGCAACUCUUUGCGCCGGCAAAUCGAAUGCUCAUCUUCCAGGUCGACAGCAUCUUGUGCUCGCAAUCUCCACAGAGGGUCGAAGACUUCAUCGAAUGGGACUUCAUCGGCGCCCCCAUCAUCAAGGAAAAGGGCCACGGGUACAACGGAGGCUUGUCAAUACGAAACCCCAAGUUGUUUCUGGAAAUCGCCCUGGAGCAGGAGAAGAAUCCGACAGAGCUGAGUCCUGAAGACCAGUGGUUCUACGGCAAGUUGUUGGAGCGCGAGGCACAUAUGCCCACCGCGGACCAGGCCAAGUUCUUCGCUGUUGAGACGUGGUGGCAUGAGAAACCGCUGGGAUAUCACCAGCCAGCUCGAUGGCAGCACGCGCAUAUGCCGGAAAUCACAGAAUGGUGUCCUGAAGUCAAAAUGCUAGAUGGAGGGCAGCACUACUUUUAA